AUGGCGGAUGAGCUGCAGUUCCUCGUGCACUUCAACCGCACGCUGUGCGUCUCCUUAUCCUCUAAUGCAGCCACAGUCUCCGGUAUCGCCUCCUUUGUCCAACAACGUGAAGGCGUGCCUUCCUCGCUGCUUGAUCUGUACGUGAAUGGCCGUAAGCUGGACGUGUCUAGCCAUGUUCCUUCCUUCCCAACCAUCAUCCGCGCACGACUGCGUGGCGGUCUACGCGGCGGCAAAGGCGGAUUCGGUGCCAUGUUGCGUAGCCAGGGAAAAGCUUCGGGCGCCAGAGCCACGACGGACUUCGGUGCGUGUCGAGACCUGCACGGCCGUCGUCUACGUCACGUGAACCAGGAAGUGGCGAUGCACAAGUGGCGACACGACGCAGAGACUCGAGCCAAGCGGGACAAAGACGGCAUCGAAGACCGAGAGAUAAUUGACGAAGAAACACCUAGUGGCAUCCCUGGCUGGUACCUGGCUACACCCUCAUGGGCGGAAGGUAUCAAGAAGUCGUACAUGAAGAGACGACGCAACACAGUACUGUGUAAGAGCUGGGUGAAAGCGAGACAAGGAAAGAAAGCACCGCCUCCAGGAGCCCCAAGAUGGUGGGGCUGUCCACGUGGACGAGACUGUGACUUUGCGCAUGGAGAAGAGGAGCUAAGAGGUGAGGCUCUUACAGAGCUAAAACGUGCCAAAAGGGAGGAGGCUCAAAGAGCCAAACAACAGGAACUACAGGAUUACGUAGAUUUCGAACUGGAGAUGCCAGAUGAUGUGCUGGACGCGAUUAAGAGCGGCCUGCGACGUCGCAAGAAGAAGGCAGACGUCAAGAUGGAGCUGCAGGAAAAAGAUGCUCGAGUGUUGCCACCCGACGCCACUACGUACAUCAGUGUACGCUCAGCGCAACGUCCGUUACCGGUUGUGGAGAAGUGGUUGAAGCUAGAAGGAGAACAGGAAGCCGACGCUACUGCGAGUGUGGGGACGACGUUCAAGCAUGGGUUGUGUGAAGUACGUGGCCGAGGCAACUUUGGCACGGCGGCAGCGCGACACUGCUGCGUCUUGACGAAGGGGAAAUGGUACUAUGAAGUGCGCCUCGUGACAGCUGGCGUGGUGCAGAUUGGCUGGGCAGACUCGACAUUCGAGGCAAACUCGGAAACGGGAGACGGGGUGGGCGACCAUGAGCGCUCGUGGGCUUACGAUGGCGCUCGACAGGUGAAAUGGAAUGGUGGCAAGGACGAGCAGUACGCGACGGAUGAUUCAUGGAGUAAGAACGACGUGAUUGGCUGUCUGCUGGAUCUGGAUGAAGGUUUUGUCUCGUUCACUCGGAAUGGGGUUGAUCUCGGUGUGGCAUUUCGCAACGUCAAGCACACGUCGAGUGACUGCGGCUUCUUCCCGGCUAUCAGCGUCGAACAGACCGAGAUCUUGUUAGUCAACAUUGGCUCCCAACCGUUCAUGUACGAGGCUCCUGGAUUCGAGCCUGUCAUCGACGCUCUGGAAGCUGAAAGAAAGAAGACAACUCCUACUGAACCUCCUAUCGACUUGAUGAAGUUUGAGAGUCUCGAGUCGCUCGAGGCACUGGGAUUGGAGCGCCUGAAGCAAGAACUGAGUCGACGUGACUUGAAAUGCGGUGGUAACCUGACGGAGCGAGCGUCACGGCUGCUUAGUGUUCGAGGAAAAGCCUGGGACGACAUCGAUGCCAAACUCAAGGUCAAGCUAAAGACGCAGCAAGCGUAG